AUGAUUCAAAUCAGUGUUAUUUUACUAGGUUUGUUAGUCAUUGGUAAUUCGGCAGGACCAGUAAAUGGUGAUCUUCAAGAAAUUUACUUUGACACAUGCCAAGAAAGUUGUGAUGUAGUAAAAAAUGAUGAAGAUAUACAAGGAUGUCGAGAAAAAUUUUGCCCAAAUUAUGUUAGUUAUAUAUUAACAGGUUUAACUGUUCCAGGUGCAUCACCUAGUCUUGUAUCAAGUCAUCGUAAACAAGUAGCUGACUUUUGUGCUACAUGGAUGGUUCAUUUAAUUCAAGAACUUGGCUGGCAAAGACGUAAUCGUCUCAAUCUCAAAGAAUGUGCAUGUGCUGCUGGUAAAGAUUGUCUUGUUUAA